ACGCACAGCACGGAAACAGCGUACGCGUGCUCUCGCGUCUCUUUUUCUCGGUCGCUCUCUCGAGGCGUACGGACGUGUGGAUUUCGGUGCGCUCGUGCUAUUUUGAAAGUGUCGUUCCUCGCGUACGUUUUCCACCGGGGAAACAACCAGCGGCUGAUCCAUCCCAAAACGGGGUGGCCAAAAGUGCGUGUAACGGGUCACAGGUGUACGGGCGAUCAGUAUUGCGAUCCGGUAUUGUGUGACAAGUGUCCGUAUUUUGUGUUAAAGGUAAAAAAGCAAUAAGUGUUGUGUUGUUGAAGCACUCGGUGUACAUGAUUGCAUUGUGUUUGUACGUGAUCGAGUGUUAGUGUGUGCGUGUGUGUGUGUGUCAGUGGGCAAGUGCGUCGUGAGCCGCACGGUGACGAAACCGUGCUCGAGAGUGUUUGAUUUUGGGCGAUGUUUUGUUGCGCACUGUCAAAUGACGUCGGUGCGAUGAAAUAGCCGAGAGAAGUACGCGCAGCAUAAAUCAAAGAUCCCGGUGCGUUGUGUUUGAGAGUGCGUGUGUAGAAGCGCUGUGUCAGUGUGUGUUUGUGUGUGACGGUGACGGUGUACACAAACAUAGAAACAACGAUUGUAGUGGAACGACAAGUGGAACUAAAGCAGGCAAAGCAACAAUAAAAACACACAUUCGAGCAUCGAUCGUUGUUUGUGGGAAGAAAGCAACUAUCGUUUUGGCAGGCGCAAACAUCACAAGGCUGCGUUUUUACUGUGCUUCUGUCUUUUCGGGACCGUUUUGCCAUAAAUAAUUCCAGCAGCAGCAGCAGUCCAGAAGGAGCUGCUGGCAGCACCGGAUUCGCAGCUGGGCAGUUUGGUGGGAGGUGAGAGUCAGCAAUAAAAACACAAAACAAACAGUGUGUGGUUUACGAGGCAAAAAAAAAAAAACCGACAAGCGAUAAGUGAACCACCCCACCCAAACCCCCUAUUCGGCCGUGGCAUUCAUCGCGCAGAAGAUGAUUGGCUCCUAAUGAACUAAGCGAGGACGAGCAAACAGCAAAGCCAUUUCUUUUCGACCCGCAGACACCAGGCUACACGGCAGCCCCUGAGUAGCUCCGGGUUACAACUAUUAAUAAAUAAAGGAAAACGACUCCAGAAACAAGUGGAUAUGCUGUAAAGACGUUAAACACGAAUAAACAGACAAACGAUGUGUUCCACCAACGAUCGACUUAGCGAGGCUACCCAACAACCAUCGGCCAUCAUGGCAGCGGAAGAGAGUAAACGUCACCUAAUACACCGACAUCCCGGGAGCAAUCGGAGAUCCUGCAGUACACAGCCACACCUGCCAGUCCCCUGUCGGUACAGUUGUGCAGCCCGGCGGAUAUCGUACGGUGUGUUAGUGCUGUGUCUUGCACUGACCAUUUGCUACCUUCCCACGGUGUCCAGUUCACCACAGUCCUCUUACUCGCAUCAUUCACAUCACCCGCACGGACAUCAUCAUCAGGCGGCGGCAUCGUCUCAUGGCAAUACGCAUCACUCUGGCAGUGGGUCGUCAUCAUCGUCUCAUCAGUAUGGAAGCUCCUCGGGACGAUCCAGCGGAGGGAACUCGGGUGCUAGUGGUCUCGGUGUGUACAUCAUACGCGCCCCAGAAUCGACGAUCGCUCCGGCCGACGAUGAGGUACUGUUCGAGUGUGAGCUAAACUUGCUUCCGGAACAACUGGACUGGCGGUUUCGGGCACAAGGAACUGCUGGACUGCGGAAAGAUUACGUCAUAAUCCAGAACAAUCAUCACGGGUACAACGCAAGCAUCGUGGACGGCCGGUAUAAGCUGCGUGUUUCCGUGAGCGAAUCGACGAUAGGCGAGUACCAGUGUGUGGCAUGGUUUGGAGCGUCCGCCAUUGCAUCGAUACCGGCCCGCUUGACGCUGGCAACGAUCGGGCUGGAAGCGGAAGGUGUUCCCGGGCGGCAUGAUCGCGUGCCAACGACGAUGCGCCGCAUACAGCCUCAGCAGCAUUUCAAGGUGUAUCCCGGCAACAGUAUUAUCAUCGAUUGUGGUGAAAUUGUCUCAAACCCUCCGCCAAUCUGGAGCUACUACAAGGAUGGCAUGACGAUCUAUCCGAAUGUGACGCAGCUCCAAACAGGCCGACGACUCAUACUGCCUUCGUUAGCGCAGCACGACACCGGCACGUACUGGUGCUCGGCCGUUAACUCCAUCACUGGCAGUGAGGUCAUACUUCCGCAACGAACCACCGUGACUGUGGUUGACUACGUACCUCGUUCGGCACCGCGUGCCUUCACACAGCCACAGAACGUGUCAGUACUGCCGGGCGAAACGGUACUGCUUGAGUGUCCUGGCGUUGGCAAUCCCGUGCCCGUACCGGCGUGGACGAGAGCGAACGGUAGCUCGUUGAAUGGACGUGCCCGCAUCCUGGACUACGGCCUACAGCUCUCCAACGUGGAACGCAGCGACAAAGGCCAAUACCUGUGCCGGCUGCAGAACGGUAUCGAUCCUCCGCUAAUACACUCGGUGUGGUUAACCGUACUAGAACCACCACGAAUCGUCAUCCCACCUCGAUCAACGCUCACCAACGAGAGUGACAGUUUGGAGCUCGAGUGCAUUGCACAAGGAUCACCGCAUCCCGACAUCUACUGGAUGAUAAACGGUGACUACUCCACGUGGGAUAGCGUUAUCCGGACGAACGGAACACGGCUGAUCAUUCCGUCGGUCGAGAAACGGCACGCCGGUAUCGUGCAGUGCUUUGCCCGCAAUUCUGUCGGUGAGGCAAGCGAAGGCAACCUGCUCCAGGUCAUCCCGAAACAGAUACCGGGAGGUGUCGGUACCACGCCGCUCGGGUCCGUCCCGUCCAGCCCGAAGGCGGGCGGAGACCAUUCGACCAAGCGUAAAGGUGGCAAGAAGCACAAAAACCUGGUAAUGAUUCCACCGUCACGCCCAAACAUCACCCGGUUGACGGACGAAUCGGUAAUGGUACGCUGGUCCGUACCAUCCAGCGAUGGGUUGCCGAUUCAGUUCCUCAAGGUGCAGUACCGUAUGCUGGGCGAUCCCGCCAAAAACAUUGCCCGCACCCAGUGGAUGACGGAAAACGAAGACAUCCCACCGUACACACGGUCGUACGAAGUGAACAAUCUCAAGGCGGACCAUCUGUACCGGUUCCGUAUCGUCGCAGUAUACUCGAACAACGACAACAAGGAGGGUGCAGCAUCCGGCAAAUUCCAUCUGCAGCGUGGCUCUCAGCUUGGUCUCACCAAGAACCACCUGCUUGCUCCAACGCUCACACGGAUCGAGCCCGUCUCGCAACACGCGGUUGUGCUUCACUGGCAAUUCCCUCAACAUCUCCCUCAUCCGAUCGAUGGAUUCUACGCGUACUAUCGGCCCGCCACGACAGCCGGCGAAUAUUCGAAGGCCACGGUAGAUGGAAGCACGGCGCGCCAUUUCAAGAUCGACCACCUGGAACCGGGAACGGCGUACGAGUUUAAGCUGCAAUCGUUUACGGCUUCGGCUGCGUCAGACUUUAGUGCGAUUCUGACCGGCAGGACGUUGAAACCGCCCACUCCACCACCAACAGUUCCGACGGUGAUCGCGGCAGCGGAAGGACCCGACGGCAGCCAAGUCGUACCGGUCAACUAUCUGCUCGUGAUCGGUUGUGUGCUGAUCGUAAGCGUGCUGAUCGUGCUAUUUCUUUGCUGCUGCUUUAGUCGCCGCAAGAAGCGAGGCCAUGGUGCAGAUGAAACAGAUGCCAAGGUACACAUACCGGUCGACCAGAAUGGGUUCGCGGGUGCCGUCAGCAAUGGUGGACCCCGGGUGCCGCAUCACAAGACGCGAACGAAUGGCAUGAACGGACGGAUGAACAUCACGCCCAACCCGUUGGCACAGGACGGCGACAAGAAUCGCACCGUGAUGGAGCUGCGCUUCCUGCCCAACACGCUGGUCGAGGGUGACCAGCAGCAGCCACCGGCUCAGCAGCAGCAGCAACCGAUCGAGGGUGGAUGGAGGCGCAAGAAGCGAAACGCGACGGUGGACGUGCCGAAGAACGUCGAAGCGAACGAAGGCGAUGGUAGCGAUGAAGGCGACGAUACGAACCCGACCCCGACGACGCUGUCCCGCGAACCGGCCACUAAUAACAAUCAUCAAUCGAUUCCCAACCAACAGCAGCAGCACCAUCUCCAGCAGCAGCAACACAUCGGUGCGGCACUGCCGCCAUUGCAUCACCCGAGUGCCGCAACGGUGGCAAUGAACAGCUGUGGCAUUCCUCAGCAGCAGCAGCAGCAGCAGGAGCAGAUGAUGCUUGCCUCCAUGCCCCAUCGCCGGACGCUGGAACGGACCGCCGUGAGACCGAUUCCGAACGGUGCCACCAUUGCGUACGGUAUCGAUCCGAAGCUAAUGCUCGACGGACAGGCGGCCCCGGACUGUAGACAGUCGUCCAUUCGGCGUACGCGUCGUGGCUCGGGGUCCGUGCCCGGAAGUCCGCGGAUAGGUCGUGGCCCCAGCAGUGAGUUCCUUCAGCAGCAGCAGCAGCAGCAGUCCGGUGUAACGGUAGCCCGCUCACCGAUGCCGAUGCGGGCGGCUGGCAUGAAACGGUCGGCAGCAGCCGCCACACGACUCGGCCGGGCCGAGAACAUGUCGUCGGGCAGUUUGAACAGUAUUGAGGUAUGAGAAUGACCGUACGGCGCCGCAUCGGACGGCGCUACCCUGCUUACCCGCACCGCGUCCCGGAAGCGUCGAAGGCGCGCAUUUAAGCUGAUGUACCUGGUCCGUCGCCAACGGAAGCGAGCCGGGCUCGGCCAGGACGGACGCAGCACCGUGCCCCGGCAGGACAGUGAGCACCACUGUCACAAGCAGGCGUUCUACGAGCGGGCAAACGGGUAUCGCUUAAUAUCCUGAGUGUCACCGUUCGAGCUGCUGCUCUCCGUACUGCACGAUCUGGUGGUAAGCGUUUAGGUUUAGCUUCUGCGGGGUAAUGCGGGGUUUGCCGUUUCCGUCAGUUCGCCUUUCGCCACUUUAUCCGUCCAUUUGGUUUGCUGUUAGUGAGCGCAGGAUCGAGGGAGACAUUAUUUGGUCCGUACACAAACCGACACCACCACAGUCCUGUACACUAAUAGUUAGGUUUUACUGUCGGUUUAGUAGGAUUUUAUUUUAAUUGAAAGCUAGUUUACUAGGUUGUAUUAUGAUUUCGCCUCCCCCGGACAAGAAUGGGCGAAAAAGACAGAAGCCGCGCUACAAGGGAGAGAAGAAAUCUUGCUGUACUUAAUCUCUACUUCCGUUAAGGAUGUGUUAGUUCGAAUGUACCUUUUUUUUUGCCCGUUAAUACCCGAACCGCCGAGGUCGCGUUAAAUGUAAAUAGAGAUAGAGAGCGAAGAGCGAGUGCAACAAAAGACACAACGCCGGGCGAACCGGGAGUGAAUGUGAAUGCUACUUAACCAUUUACUUAACAAAUACGUGCGUACGACACGAUCACACAACGGCACAAUCGCAACAAAUAGAGAAUCAGACGGGCAGCUCGAAGCAAAAGCAUUUCCCGAAGCUUGAAGUCUGUUCCCGGGUUGUAGCUCUGUUUCAAAGAGCUUUUCUUGGAUCGAUCUGCCAGCGAGGGAAGCUCGGAUACGGUUCGAUGUUCGUGCUACGCUUGCUAGUAGAAAUAACACAAUGCAACUAUUUAAAUGUAACACACUGAAUUUACAUAGCAAACCGAAUCGAAUAACUCGACUAGAUAGAAUGAGUAUGAGAGAGAGAGAGAGAGAGAGGGAGAGAUAGGGAAACGGAUGUUUACUGAGCUUUUACUGACUGAUGGGCACUGAUUAAUUAUUAGCUAACUAGGUAUAGUAGAAGAUUAAGAUGGGAACGAUCGUCUAGGAUUAGGAUUGCUCUCGCACUACCACACACGAGCCGAGGAAAAGCAAGAGAAAAAAGGGAAGCAGCCCUUAUAAUACAAUGUGUAAAUUAUUUAUUUAACGCUAAAUCAGCAGCAGCAGCAGCAGAGCAACAGGCGAUAGUAUUUUGUGUUUUAGUGCGUCGUGUGCCACUAUAUUCCAGACGGGUUUUGGGGGGCGGGUUUUUGCUAAGCUCGAAUACGCACACGUUCGUUUGGCUAUUCGUCGUGUAAUUGUUGUGUACUUGUAUGUGUGUGCGUUGUAGAAGAGGAAGGGCCAAAAAGGAAGCUUUGGUGCCAUCCGGUGGGCCAACUAGCUGUGUUGUUGUUGUUUGUUGUAAGAUUGUUUCAAUCAUGAAAUGUGUAUAACUCCCCGUAUCUGUAUUUGUACAUAGAAGCAAAUAGCCGAGAGUGAACGAGAGAGAGAGAGAAUAAGGAUCGGAUAAUCACGGGAACUAAAACAAGGGCCGUCUACUUAUAGUGUAAUCCCGACACCUAGCAAAACAAAUACGAACGUGCAUGUGUGUAAGUUUCUGCAUAACAAAGCGUAAUUCCAGCCUGUCGUUUUGUUUUAAAUGCUGUCGCAACAGUUAACCCCGCACCACGAUCAGUUGUCAAUUGGUUGGCGGCGGGAGUACAUUCUUAGAAAAAAAUCGAAUGCUUGUUUCUUUAGCAAAUGUAACGUCACUAUUGGAACAAACACUACCACGGAAGAGGAACUUGUAAGCAGGUCACACUUUCUUUCCAUUAAACAGAACGAACAGAGAAAGUUGAAA